AUUAUAGCUGCUUCCAAGAGCACAGAGACCUACAUGCCGUGGAUGACCCCUAUGACCAGGCCGUCAUAGCAGCAGAUGAAGUGAAGGAGGAGGAGCCAGAGCCAUUCCAGAAGAUUGGUCCAAAAACUGGCAAUUACACCUGUGAAUUCUGUGGCAAGCAGUACAAAUACUACACUCCCUACCAAGAACAUGUGGCGCUGCAUGCACCUAUUAAGUUCUCUCGAUCUCCACUCUUCGUGGCAGUGAAGACACAGGCGAGCCAAUCCAGCAAAAAAACACCGGCUUCAAUAAACCGAUGUUCUACCCUCCUGCACCGCACCCCCUCCGGUGUCCCACCGGCAUCCCAAUCCCAGAUGUUCCGCGCUCCAAAUUCUGGAUCCCCAGGAAGCAAGGCUAUUACAGCAGAAAGCGCUUUCAGCAGGCGCGCGGANNGCAAAGCGCAAAACAACUUUGAAGAAACAAACAGCAAUUCUCAGAACUCCAGCGCUGUUCAUUCGGGGACAGAAAAACCUAAAGAAAAGAGAUGUAAGCAGAACCCAUCAGAAACCGCAAGUCCCCUGAUUUCAAAUCCUUUCCCGCUUUUACAAAAGCCUUACACCUGUGGAGCUUGUGGAAUCCAGUUCCAGUUUUAUAACAAUCUCCUGGAGCACAUGCAGUCCCAUGCAGCUGACAACGAGAACAAUAUUGCCUCUAGCCAGCCCAGAUCACCUCUAGCUGUUGUUGAAGAAAAGUGGAAACCACAGCUCCAAAGAAAUAACGCCAACAAUACAUCCGCAAGUGGUUCUGUAGGGAACAGCGUGAUCCCAGAGAAGGAGCGGCAGAACAUUGCCGAGAGGCUCCUGAGGGUGAUGUGCACUGACCUUGGGGCUCUGAGCGUGGUGAGCGGGAAGGAAUUCAUCAAGCUAGCACAGACCCUGGUGGAUAGUGGAGCACGCUAUGGUGCCUUCUCUGUCACCGAAAUCCUUGGCAAUUUCAACACACUGGCUCUGAAGCAUUUGCCUCGGAUGUACAACCAAGUGAAGGUGAAAGUCACCUGUGCCCUGGGCAGCAACGCAUGCCUUGGCAUCGGUGUCACUUGCCACUCACAGAGCAUCGGCCCCGAUUCUUGCUACAUCCUGACAGCUUAUCAGGUGGAAGGCAACCACAUCAAGAGUUACGUCCUGGGAAUUAAGGGUGUAGACAUUCGAGAUAAUGGUGAUUUUAUCCACCACUGGGUACAGAAUGUGCUCUCGGAGUUUGUGAUGUCGGAGAUCAGGACAGUGUACGUCACAGACUGCAAAGUCAAUUCCUCUGCGUUCUCCAAGGCAGGCAUGUGCUUGCGCUGUUCGGCCUGUGCCUUGAACUCGGUAGUGCAGAGUGUGCUGAACAAGCGAACACUACAGGCUCGCAAUAUGCACGAAGUGAUCGAGCUCCUGAAUGUCUGUGAAGAUCUGGCAGGAUCCACAGGCCUCUCGAAGGAGACCUUUGGCUCCCUGGAAGAGACCUCUCCCCCACCCUGCUGGAACUCGGUCACCGACUCCCUCCUGCUCGUCCACGAGCGCUACGAGCAGAUCUGCGAGUUCUACAGCAGGGCCAAGAAGAUGAACCUCAUCCAAAACCUGAACAAACACCUGCUCAGCAACCUGGCAGCCAUUUUGGCUCCGGUGAAACAGGCAGUGAUUGAGUUGAGCAACGAGAGCCGGCCCACCUUGCAGCUGGUACUGCCCACCUACGUCAAACUGGAGAAACUGUUCACUUCCAAAGCUAACGAUGCUGGCGUAGUCAGCAAACUCUGCCACCUCUUCUUGGAGGCGCUGAAGGAGAACUUCAAAGUUCAUUCGGCACACAAGGUAGCCAUGAUCUUAGACCCUCAGCAAAAGCUGCGGCCCGUCCCACCAUACCAGCACGAAGAGAUCAUUGGCAAGGUCUGUGAGUUGAUCAAUGAGGUGAAAGAGUCCUGGGCAGAAGAAACAGAAUUUGAACCUUCAACCAAGAAGCCUCGGGCAGCAGGGGAAGCCACAGCAGCUCAGGAAGAAGAUUGGUUCGGGAAAAAUGAAGUCUAUGAUUAUUUGCAAGAACCUCUCUUCCAGGCCACCCCUGACCUGUUUCAGUACUGGUCGUGUGUUACCCAAAAGCAUACAAAACUAGCCAAGCUAGCCUUUUGGCUCUUAGCAGUGCCUGCUGUUGGUGCCAGAAGCGAAUGUGUAAAUAUGUGUGAGCAGGCUCUCUUAAUCAAAAGGAGACGGCUACUCAGUCCAGAAGACAUGAACAAACUCAUGUUUUUGAAGUCCAACAUGCUUUAAGACUGUCUUUUAAUUAAAACAAAACUUUAAAACACUGUUCCAAACAAAGAAAAAGAAUUUUAAGUUCUAAACACUGUGGACCUCAUUAUGAAUGCCCCUGGAAACCAAGUGCUUUUUUAUAUAUAUAUAUAAAAAUAUAAAUAUAUAUAAAAUUAAGUUUGAAAGGAAAGCUGAGCACGUGAGAGAGACAGCCCUCUGCCAGGAACGUGCUCCUUUCCAUAGAUAGUGUGUGGACUUGACAGACUUUCUAAUGUUUUCAAGUGGGCAGACCAAUGGGAGGCUGAUGUUCUAAAGUCUUCAGGCAGCUGAGAUCUAAAGUGACUUGAAGUUUCUUUUGUUUCUCCUCCACCCCACCUUUCCUCUUGUCCCCUGGGCCAUCUUGCCAUGGAUAAUCAGACUACAUUGAACAGACCAGUUCUGCACUGGACUUUGCUCCUUUGAAUAACUGUACACCUUGAGGGCGUUUGUCUGCAGCCUUCUUGACAUACAGUGCAUGUUAUCAGGGCAGCUGUGUUUUAUGAACACCAGUAUCUUUAGAAAUCAAGAAGGGAGACUUUAAGGGUUUUUUUAAUUUUAUUUUUAACUUUUUCAUACACGUUUUUUCCAAAAAACAAAAGUUAUUCUUCUAUUUCCACUCCCAGUUUUGAGUUUAACAUGUUAGCUAGUGAUUAUAAGCUUGAUUUAAAACUAAGAGAAAUGGUUCAUGGCAGAAAAUGUCUGUAAUUGUUACAUUUCUUGGAUUUUUUUUUUUUACAACAUAACUUCCUUUCUGAAUUCCCAGUGAUAAUUAGCUUCUCUGUGAAUUUUGUACAUCGGGCGUUCUCAAACUUAUUCUAGAGUAACCCAUUUGCAAUUCAAUAAUAUCCUUAUGGGAACCACAGCAAUUGCUUAUAUGGAAAAGCUAGAAACCAGGAAAAGCAAGCAAGCAGUGGCAACACAGAUGUCUGUGGGCCACCAGCAAGCUUGCCAGGGUCUGCCAGCUGCCGUUGAGAAGCCUUGUACCUAAACUUUUUGUAAAAAAGUUUCUCAGUACACACACUCAAAAUAACCUUCACAAGGCCAAGGACAAACCAAGGUGUAUGAUUUUUCAGGGGAACAAAGAUCAUCAGUUUUGUCAAACUGGGGUUGGAAGGAAGCUUAGAGAAAUGCAUGGGCUCAAAGAUCCUUCUGAAUGUAAGUGCUCCUGAUUGAGUGCAAAGAAUAUCUUCCCAUUUUAUUUGGAAUGGUUUCCUCUAGUAGCACGAAUGUCUUUUUAAUACCUACAGUGCAUUACACUACUUGUUAUGUUGCUGAAUCGUUCUGGCUAGGAAGGCCACGGGCCCUUAAAUGUUCACACUUACUGGCUCACCCCAAAUGCAAUUAGAGAUCAUCAUGACGCAAAAACAUCUCAGUCACUCUGCUGUCCACCAAGGCCAGUGCUCUGCUGUGUCCAGUGCCUGUAGUUCAUGGGCUGCUGGACGGGAUCUCUGCAGGCUGUCAGGUUUGGUGCCUCUUGGACAAUUCCCAGCUUCUGGUGCCAAACUAUUAAUUUUUCAUCACUGGGACUUGUAUCCCGGAGGCAAAUUGAAGCAAAUUCUUAUUUCUGAAGUAGUCUCUCCUGCUUCCAGUAGCGUGCUCUGGAGCUGCGGUCACACUGGCAGCAGAGCGUCAUCGGAGAUUCGGGAGGAUGGACUCGCUCAGCUCCGAGCAGGCAGGCUGGAGGCUGAAGCCCUUCAACAGCGCAGGGGUGUUUUCUGGUUGCUGACAAUGCAAUGGUGAGACUGGGGGCCCUCUUUGAAGUGCUGCUGUUGAACAGAUGUUAAACCAAGAUCCUACCUGCCCAUCUCUGGUCAUAAUAGAAGUUGCCAGUCCCAAGACAUGAGAAAUGGCAAACCCAGUCUCUCAGGCUUUGUUUGCAGGUGCCUUGAACCUGACAGGCACUAACUGACAGCUUCACUGCCAUGGGGCUCAGACAGGGGAACAGUUUGCAUGCUAGAGACCUUCCCUAGGUCAAGGUCACUGAGGAUAGCUCUUUGCACCCGGCUGUCUUGCUCUUCUCAGCCUGGAAACAGGACCUACUAUUAGCUUGAGUCUAGCAUUUGGGUUGACCUCUUGGUACUGUUACUGGCAUCAGCGCAAAACUAGUUUCCUAAAUGUAAGUUUUCCAUAUGGCUAUCUUAAAAGACACGGUCUGCAACCCCCACUGACAUCUGCAGGGGUAGCAGCACUUGAAGAUGAGCUGCCAAGGCAGAGGCACUUGGACAUCUUAUUUCUCUGGCAGUGGCUUUUGCAAAUGGAGGUGUUGGUUGUAGGGCCAACUUUCUUCUUGCUGGUUUUAUUUUCUCCCGUACAAAUCCUUCCUGCUCAGCCAUCAGUUGGGUCCAUGGUAACACAUCUGUUUGCACUUGCAGUGCACGAGAAACCUGUAACAAACAAUAACUAAGUCUCAAACUACAAACAAAACCCCAAGUGAGAUGUGUGCCGAUUACAAAGUGUUUGUGCUGUGCUGCUGUUCCCAGUGAAAAGCACAAGGUAUCCUGCAGCAAGAAAACUUGGCUGGAGGAUUAAUCCAAAGCAAGAUUAGCUUUUGAGGCUGCAGAGUGUGUACUGUGCAGCUCAGCUGAUGGGCAGAGCUGGGGACAGGAUUUGUAGUUCUUUCUCCUAAUGGCACGUUAUACCUUCUUGCUCGCUUCGCCUGAGACCCUGAGAGCCACUCACAGGCUCUUUGAUGCUCAGGCGAACGUGCAAAACCCUUGCAUUGCUUUGAAAAGAACGCUCCAACACUCCUUUGCUAAGGGACAGGCUGAUUACUUCUGUGGGAUUUGCCAACUCCAGGCUCAUUGUGUUGUCUGUCUGCAAGGCAUUAAGAGUGGGGAAGUGGGCAAAGCAGAGUUAGCACAGGUUUAAAGCCCUGGAAUUGAGAAUGAGGUAAAAUUGCAGUCAUUUGUGCAACCAUUUGAUGCCAGCCUGUGCACAGCAGUGGGCUGGACCAUGGCUGCAGAGCCAAGUCGUGCAAACGGAAAGGCCACAGCCACCCGUAACUCCCAGCCCAUCUCCCCUUCCCCUUUUUAUAGUGUGGUUUUGGCAUCAAACCUGGAGCUUUCUUGCUGUGACGACCAAAGAGAGGGAUUGACUGGCCCUGUCCCUCGUCUGAGUAAUGGUCACCUCCAAGGCAGCACUGGUUGUAGUUGCACUAAUGAUGGAUGUUAAGCAAACAUGCGGCAUUGUCUGGUAGAUGAGAUUCUCCCAAAGACUUAAAAACUCAGCUUAGCAGCUGAAAAAGCAAAAUAAAAUGUAAAGCCCUAAAAUGGAGCAAUCUGGAAAGUCGGUGAGAAGAGGAGCUGGUUGGCCAGCUAGUGGAAUUACGAGCUGCAGCUUUUAAUGAGUCUUAAACGUGGUUACAAGGUUUUCUGCUCAGAGGGGCUAUUCAUGCUGUGUCUGCUCACAGGCUGACUUUUGUCUGAUGUACUUAUGCUUCAUUAAAAGGAGAGAAGCACAUCUGGAGCAUGCGUAUUUACCCUAGAUGCCAAGCUUUUGCUCCUAUUUCUCCUUCCCCCUUCAAGACUUGGAUUUGCAUUCUAGGGAGCAUAGAUACUUUACCAAGGUCUGAAUUUUGGAAGCUUUUAACUUGCCAGGUUACUAGGAUUGGCUCAGUGGUGUGGAGCAGCACUUGUGCUGUAAGGAGCACUGCUCAUCCUGUGGUGGGAGACCAGAGAGGAGAGGGUCUCUUAGUUUGGCCAGAGCUGUCAUGAGGUUCUGCUCCCUUUUUGCUGGGAGAAGUCCUCAGAAUUGGGAUCAUGGUAGGUCAUGUUGGGAAUUUGCCUUCUGCUUGUUUCCUUCCUUUACUCGCACUUGAGAAAUGUGUUGGAAUACAAAAAUGGUGUAUGUGUCCUCCAGGCGUUCAUUUGUUUCUGCUGCUUACUCUGUGCCUGACCUUGCAGACUUCGGACUUCACAGUUUGCUUUGGGAGGGGUUAUGAUCUUCAGGUGGGGAGAAAGCACCAACAGAAGAUGAACUGUAAAGAAUGAAGGGCCUUCCAGUCCUGUCCGAAGAUCCUUGUUACUAGAAAACUGAGAAAGUGGGAUACAAAGGCAGAGCUGUUCAAAACAGAAGGUUGUUUCUGUGUGAGUAUGGCAGCCAGAGAGUCAGUGGAGAACAUGGAGCCCAGAUUUGUCUCCUGUGUCUGUCUCUUCUCCCCAUGUCUCUAGCAGUAGACAAUAGUUGUGUUCUGGCUUGUAAGAUGGGCUCGGUGUCUUGUGACUGGGUCAGUUUCAGAUGGAAGUAAGCUUUUCUUUUUUGUCAAAGCUAUAUGUCUGUUCUAAGAAAACUGAUUUGGUUGUAUUUGAACUAGUGCAAUCUGGAAAACUUUCUGUGAAAGCCGACUGCGGGCUCAGGUUUUGUCUAAUUCAGUUUGUCUAAUUGCUGGUUAAACCAGUUUAACUUUGAGAUUAAUUGGUUUAAGCAUCCACAUGAACCACCUGCACUGGUUUAACUGCGCUUGCUGGGUGUUCUCCCCUGCUGAUCAGAGAAUACGUCCAGAAGCAGCUCAGGGAGUCAUGACCCUUACGUGAAUUUUGCAAAUGAAGUUGUGGCAGAUACUCUCAAAGUUCGGGAAUGACUGAAAAUAGAGCGGAGACACACCUGAAAGUUGCUUGAGCUCUAAAUUGUGGUAUCUGAGUUAAUACAGUAUUCAGUGAGAUGUCUCAGGUUGGUUGGUUUGUUUUUCUCCAACUGCUUGCAAUAACGUGGAAGGUUCAGCGUGAGAAGAAAUUACCGCAUAUGUUCAUGUUUGUGGAUGAGUCCACUCGGCCUUACCCAGUCCGAGGGACCAUUUCCACCUUCUGGAUCCCGCAGUAGGCAAGCCAGGAUGUAGUGUUGCACAGGAGCAGGGUGACUGAGACAUUGUGCUACUCGGAGAAUGCUGUGUGCAUUGCUAGACAGCACCAAGUUACUGAGAAGUCAGAAGACAGUAAAAGAGCAGCCAAAAAGUCAUUCAAAGGCUGGGAGUGCUGCGUUGUACUGAGGAAAGACUCAGAUCUCUAAUUGCAUCUCUCUGGCUAAAGGAGGUGGAGAGGAGCUCCUGCGAGCAUUCAGAGGGAGCACACGCAGGAAGGGACAAGUUGUUCCCUAUGGAAUAAUUAGGAAUAAUAGGAUGAAAAAUGAACAAAAAGGCACUAAAGGCAGAUUCUGGGAAACCUUUUCAGGGAGGAGAAAUCCGUUCAUCUGGGAGGAGUCUGUUAUGGGAAUGGUUUUUGAGCCCUGUCAUUUAAAACAAGGCUAUGCAGCUACAUGGAGCGUACUCCAUAGGGCACAAGGCUGCUUUGGACCUUGCCGAGAGAAAAGAGACUGGAUGUAGAGGUGGCAAAUGAUUGCCCGCGUGUGGAGUCCAGUCCUGCCCGAUAGGUCCAGGAGGGGUUCACAGAGCAUCUUCCUCUGCAUCCUCCCACUCACCACCGGCACCAAACCCUUCCCAGCACUCCAGUAUAUACAUUAACCAGGUUUCAUAAAGGAGGGAGGUAGCUGGCCGGCAGAAGGGGCAGAGGAGAAAACACCAGUUGAGGAGCAGAUGUCUUGUCAACCCUUAUACUGCCAAGGUGAAAGAAUCGGGGUGGGGGAGAAUAUUAAAUGUUUUGCUGCUUCUGCUGUGCAUUUUCUGUGCUACACCAUGAUCUUGAAUCCGUGGGAUCCGUUGGGAAUGCCCAGGCUAGAAACAUUGGCUGAGACUCAAGGUCCUGUGUCAGAUACUUCUGAAGAUGUCGCCCCGUAGCAAUAAGAACUCCCUUUUUACAGUGCAUGGGACCUGUCCCCAUGCCACGGGUUAUCAUCUUCCUGGGGCCUCUGGAAAUGUCACUGAACAAAACAAACAAUAAUGAAAAUACAGAGAGGUAAACCCAAGCACAGCUCCAAGUUGAAUGCCUCGUUAGUACUGUGGGAUAGUUUGCUUAUGCUAGGCCAGAAAUGGUAAACCAAUGAGAGUGUAUUGCCCUGAAAUUUAAUUUUAUAUAUUCAAUGUUUGGGGAAUUUCUGUUUAAUUUUGUUUUUUGUUUGGCUGGUUAGUUGGGUUUUUUACUACUCCUGUUAGAGUCCUUUGUUUUGUAACUUGACGGAAGAGUUUUGCUCACAUUAGACAACGGUGCAUCCAGUAGACCCUUUCGGGUUUAAUGAUCUGUAGGCAGCUGAGUUUGAAUUUUUUAGAAUAGCUUCUGAAAUGAGUCACGUAAAUGGCUCAUUGAUGCACAACAUCAACCACUGACUGAAAGGAUUUUCUUCCUUCCCGUCGUUCUAGCGUCAUUGACAGUGGUCAGCAUGUCUUGGUACCCGGGUGAGCAGCGCAGCCUUAACGACAGGAAUAUUUUACAGUGGAGUUGAUGAGUACAGGCAUGUCAAACCCUUGCUUUUUACAACCAAAGUUCCUUAAAAAGACAUUUCCCAGCCUCAUCAGCCUUGAAUGCUUGUUUUCAGUCUUCUGGGGGUUCUUGUGGCGGUCUCUGCAAUGUGUGU